GGCGCGCCCUAUCGGGACGCGACGCCGGUGGCGAGCGCGCAAGCCUUCCUCGCGCUGGCGGAGGCGGAGAUCUCCGCCCUGGGCCUCGACACAUGCGGCGACGAGAUUGGGCGGGCAAUGGUCCGCGCCGCGGCCGCGCGGCGCAUGGUAUACUGCGCGGCGGACAACUCUUCUUCGUCUGAAGAGGUGGCGGCCGGCGAUCCCGGCGCAGCAGAACGCCUCGCGGCGGCGGCCGUCCGCACCGCCCAUAUAGAGUGUAUGCCUAUGCGCGGCAUCGGGCCGCCGCGGGCGGAGGGCGUGGAUCCCACGCUCGGCGCCACGCCGCCGUGGUGGCCCAUCACGUCGACGGUGUGCGUGAGCCGCAACUUGCGGCCGGUGGCGCGCAUCAACCAGCGCAACUUCCUCGCGCGGUGCGGGGUGACGCCGCUCGGCGAGCGCCUGCGCCUCGCCGCGGCCGAGACGUUUGUCGGGCGCGCCAUCGUCGCCGAGGACGGCGAGCGCUGCGCCCGCGUCCUCCCGCACACGGUUAUGUUCGUGCAGCGCAUGGACCAGUGGAAUCCCUUCCAUGUCGCCGAGGACCUGAUCACCACCUUCCUCUCAAUGCUUGUGGCCGGCGAGGCCGUGCCCGAGCUCCGGCACCAUCGGAUUCAGAUGGCGUUCCUCGAUAAUUUCGGGCUAGAUAGUAACCGCUUCGACGGGGUGUGGGAGCGCGUCGGCGCGCUCCCCCCUCGCCGGACGCGGCACGAGCCGUUCGACGAUGGCGUGUGUCUCAACGCCGCCAUUCAUGGUAUGUAUGGCCGCACGUCGCUCCUCUCGGCGAGCGGGACGACGAAGACGUAUGCGUGCGCGUCCGCCGUGACGUGGGCCGCAGCGCUCUACUACCGGCACCUCUUUGGGCUCUCACCUCCAACCACCACGCCCCGCCCGAACAUCAAUAUCUUAUACGUGUCGCGCGCCCGCUUGCGUCGUCACUUCAACGACGACGUGGGCGCAUGGCAGGAAUACCGCGAACUGAGCAACGAGAGCGAAAUGCUCGUGCGCUGGCGUGCCGGCCUGCACGAGAUGUGCGGCGACACGUGUGAGUUUGUCGACGCCAACGUCCACCCCGAAGUAUGGGCGCAAAACCGGACGGAAGGGAAGAGGCAGAUCCGCUUCGCGACCAUUGACCCCGUCGGAUACUCGCUCGAAACGCAGAUUCAGCUCGCGGGCCAUGCCACCCUCCUCGUGGGCCAGCAUGGUGGCGCGCUCGGCCUAUCCCUCUUCAUGCCGCCUGGCCGCGGUGCCGUGCUUGAGUUCACCGUCCCUAUGGUCAAGGGCAACCAGCACUUCCAGCACAUGGCUGUGCAGCUGGGGCACAUGCAUCAGCAGCGCGUCAUUCACUCAAAGAUCGACGUUGAGCGUGCAUGGUCAGAUCUUCGAGAGGUGGUGGAGGAUAUC